AUGUCUAAUCCAAACGAUAAUUCUUCUGGAGAUGAAGGCAUCACAAAUCCCCAACGAUAUUUUCCCGCAUUAUCAAUAGACCAGACUGAAAACUCAAACAAUAUGCAACUGCCAAUAUCAGAGUCUCUUCCCUUACUGUGGUUCAUGCAGAAUAAUGAUUUAAUAAUCGAAAACAGAACUUCAGAGCCUCGAGAUUUGUUGAUGUCCGAAAGGACGCUAUUGGCUUGGGUAAAAUGUGGUACUUUGCUAUGCAUGGUGAGUGCAUUGAUGAUCAUAGACUUUAGAUUAGAUACCACGAAACCCAGUAAUAUGGGCAGUGAUAGAGGUAAACGGAUUUCCAAAUACAGCUUUGCGAUAUCCAUUGUGUUGUGUGUUUUAGGUCUUGGAUGUUUUACCGUUGCUAGUAUAGCCUAUUUUAAGGCACUUUACAGCUACAAGCACCAAAAGAUACAGACAUAUGAUAUUACAUUUUUGACUGCCUAUUUGGCUUUUCUUUGCCUUUCUCUUUUUGGAAUUGGCAUCCUAUUCAUGGUCAAGGGUUGA